AAAGUGUAUUCAUUAUUUUACAAGCAUACAUAGCAGCAUGAUGCCUUGCUUCCUUCUUUUAUUUGUCAAGGUUCAAAAGACAAGGUGCACCUGGUAUUUUCCCCAUUGAUAAACCAUCAAGUAAAAGUGUUGCGGAAAAAACGAAGUGUUCUCAAUUGAGCGAAAGGCCAAGAGAGCGGCGAAUAGUGUAAGUGAAUAAAUACACGAUGAAUCAAUUAUAAUGCCAUAUACAAGAGGUUCAAACGCUUUGACGUUCGGCAUAUGUUUUGUGUAUUUUUAGGUACGAGUCUCUUAAAAAAUAAAUACUUGUAAAAUUGCAAUCAUUCCGUUGCGCCAGAACACGUUUCCACUCACGUGUGGUGAGGCAAUAAUCUAGCAGUUUUCGUAGCAAUGUGGGACUGCAACUAGUACGCCUGCAAAUGCGGCGGCGACUGGGUGCCAAGUUCUAUAAAUACAACCUUACAUCUAGCUAAUUAAAUUAGCAAUGAAUUCGUAUUUUCAUUCAAUAGUAUGGCUAGCGGGCAAACGCAUCUUCAAUUUGAUAACGCUGGCCGACAGCAAAUCUCACCGCUAAUGAGCAAUUAGUCGAACAUGUCAUAGUAACAUGUGAAUGGCAAAUGGCACACGCAGUGUCGCCAUUUUUUUCCAGCUUGUACUUUGAAUUAUCGUCAUCUUUCGAUAUCGAUAAAUCAGUGUAGUGUGUGCUAUGGAUGUGCAAUUCACUCUGGCAUAACACUAGCUCAAGCAGUGCGCGACAAAGCAGUGAAAAGUAAUAAACAAGCAGUUCGAGCUGGAGCUCUUACGAAAGAAAAAUACCAUGGAGCUAUGGCUUGAGUUCCAGAGCUGAAUUAAAAUUUGAAGGAUCAUUGGGUCUGGACUAUUUCGUUACGUUCUCAAGAAUCGUACCGAAAGGAUGUUGACGCGAGAAAUAAAUAUUUAAUUUGCAUUUUAUUAAUUGUUGGCCUCGGACUAUGUCUGAUUGCUGCUGGUAUCUACAUGGUAAUAUGGUUGAUAAAAGGACCCAGUGUUGAGGUUAAAAUGGAAACCGAAGUGGAAGUCAGUCUGAGCCGCGAAGAAAUGGAAUCUGAUUUCAAUUUCACAUUAGAAACAUUUGGAAAACUGUCGGAUGGUUUUGAGAUAAGUGAGGGUAGACGCGGUUGUCAAGAAUUAUCUUGCCGCAUUGCAUGCGCCAACAAUGAGGAUCUUUAUGCAGAGGCAGACACGGCCAUGAGUGGCAGCAAGUGCGAAGUGUUCACCUCGCUGAUAGUCGCCAAUCAAAUCGGAUUGACGCUGCAAAACAAAUGGAUUGACUCCAAUGCCACAGUCCUCAAAAUUGUUGUAACGGAAAGUGAAAUUGAUAAAAUCAAAACAGGUGCAUUCGCAGCAGCAAUGUUUGCCAAAGUAUUCCACAUGAAUUGGUCCAAUCUAAAGCUGACGGACCUCAGCAAUGGAGCACUACUUGGCCUGUAUUCGCUGAGGAAGCUGGAAAUUGACUUUCACCUGCCGGACAUCAGCAUGACAUUGUUGCAGCCCGUUCAGGUGACUUUGACGCAUCUGAGGAUCAAUGCGGGAAUAUCGUUCAACAGCCAACUUGAUGUCUUCGAUAACAUCUAUUUGGAGAAACUAAUUCACCUCGAUCUGAGUCACAACAUCUUCACUGGGCCGCUCAGUAAGCGUCUCUUCAGUGGAACUCCGAAUGUGACAUAUUUGCUCCUGAAGUAUUGCGCCAUAACAUCGAUCGAGGACAGCGCCUUUGAGGAUUUGUCUGACAAGUUGGUGUUCGUCGACCUCAAGCAUAAUUUGCUUACGCAGAUGAGUGAGAACGUGCUUCGCAUCGCCGGCAAGCGACUGCUACUCGAACUGGAGCCCAAUAACUGGAACUGCAAUUGCCAACUGCGUUCCAUGGUCGAUUUUUACAAUAAAAAUAAAAGUCUCUUCAUAAGCAUUCCUUACUGUCGCCUGCCCUACAAUCUAUAUGGUAGACUCUUUGACGAUAUCGACUCGGAUGAGUUAAAAUGUGUUCAGGAUAGUGAAUUGCCUGGCAACUUUACCUCGGACACAACAAGUGAAAUAACUGUUGCUGACAGAGCCGACGAGCUGGACCUGCCCACAGAGUCUACAUUUUCCCACCAGAUCGCCACAGAGUCGCCAACCAAAUCGAGUACUUAUGGAGCCAUAUUGCAAUUCGCUUGCUCGGAGGCUAUCGAUUACGAGAAGACCACGCGGCAGUAUGCCGAGGAACGCGUCGAGCGAAGUAGUAACAGUAAGGUAACCGAUUCUUACUUUGUAUUCGAGCCACCAGUCUACGAUUUGAUCUUGGAACUCUAUGAGAAUCGCAGCGUGCGCGCUUCUAUUGAGGGAUAUGUGAGCGCGGAUCAGCUGAACAUCAUUUGGUUUUCGGAUGAAUGGGAUGGCGGAUUGAUAAGGAAUGCAUCCAGCACGGACUACGUCUGCAUGCAGUACGAGGAACCUUAUUUACUUGUCGAUCCCCUACUACAGAAUCACACCUAUACCUUCUGCAUGAUGCCCUCGGAUAGCUUGGUCAUAUCUCCACUGCUCUGUCAGCCUCUGCAUGUGCCUCAGACUAGAGAGACUGACGAUUCGGAUGACGUUUGGAUUGCCGAGAGCGAAAAGCAAUUUACCAUAGCGAUGCUCUGUCUGAUUUUCUUCGUUUCCACCAUUUUCGGAGCUAUAUUCGCAUAUCUGGGCCUGAAGAGCUUUCCGAAUCUGUUAGAGGGUUCCAAGAACGUGCUUGUCGUGAAGAAAGUGGAGAAAGCAUGUUAUGUCUCAACCAUAACCGAUUCAGAGUACAUCAAAACACCGCUUAGCAAGAGCUCUUCGAGAAAUACAAAAUUCGCUGAAGCAACUUCAUCGAAGAUAUACGACACUAGCCUUCCUAGCCUAGUUAAUUUGCAUUCGCCAUCCACUUGCUUCGAAGAGCCUUUCACACCGAUGAAUUUCCAGACCAUCGACUAUGAGAUGCCCAAGCAGUUCAAAAAAGUCCCCAGUGAAAGUUGCACAAUCAACAAAUGCAUGGACAGACCUGGCUCUCCGCCUCCUCUGCCCAAACGUAACUCCACGGUCUCGGAGACCAUGGACCCCAAGCUAAAGGUUCAGAAAUGAUCUUAAUUCCUAUGACUUUUAUCAGUAUGAAAAGUAAAGUACACUUGUAUUAACCAAUCUGCUAAUUUUCAAUACAAUCUAUAUAUCAAAUGUAUUGAGUAGCAGCGAAUUGUGUGAUCUUAUUGCAAAUAUAAAAGAAAUCCUAGAGGAGAUAAAUCCUGUC